AUGGAUGCAUCAGCACCGGAUUCCGGGCACUCGCCCAUCAUCUACGUGGCUCCACUUCUUGCUUUGGGGCUCCUCGUCCUGUACUUGUAUCGUGAACUUCUGGAUCGGCUAGAGAGGACACCAACCAACGACAUGCUAUAUGGGCAGUUUCGCACGAGGUUGCUUUCAUCGCAGCCUGUCCAGAUGACGAUGGCCCGGUACCACCACGGAUGCCAACAGUGCUUUCAACUCUGUCUCCAAGCAACCAUGCACUACAAGGAGGCUUUUCUGCUUGCUUUCCACUACUACACCCUCAUGUACGUCGUGUGCGGAUACCUCAUCUGCAUUGAACUCCAAAGCUCUUACAGGCUCCUGGAACAAACGAGUUGGCUGGAUCCGAGCAGCAUCUACGAGGCAUUCCGCAAUGAGGAGAGCUUACCAGACUGGUGGCACGCUGAGCUACGAGACUUACUGCCUGGAGGGCUCGGGUUGUUGCGUUUUCUAUCAUUGUCAGCUCCAGUAUUUCUCUUACUGACCUAUGGAAUUUGCAUCGCCAGCACUGCUCGUCACGUGCAAAGAAUGUGGGAAAAGGGUGGCGUGCUGCGCGGAAACCCUGGCAUGGACAGCAGCAUCAUGAUCGUCGCAUUGCCGAUGAUAUCGUGCCUAAUGGCAUACCGCUCAGUAACUCGAAUGUGGAUGGUCUGCAUCAACAGCAAAGUAGGAAGCCUCGACUACGUUGAAGACUUCGAGGGGAAGAAGACAUGGCUCGCACGCCUUGUCGUUUGUCAGAACAUGUACGAGACCAACUUCCUGCUGGCUGAUGUGUACGAAUCUUGGGCGUUGCUGCACUUCGCUGAUUUGGCACUGCAAAUCAUCUCCGCCUCGCAGAAGCAAAUGGCGAAAACCCACCACAGCUUGGACGACAUGACGACAAGCCUUGGCAAGAGCCUCCACACCCUCACAAAGCAAGGAAUUUAUCUUUUCAACGGGACGUGCAUGAUGCAAGCCACCUAUCAUUUGGUGACCACAUCCGUCGAAGCCUACCUCGGGGGAGCUUUGACUUUGCCCUUCAAUGAGAUGGUCUACCACAGCCGCGCAAAAGUGCACUUCUUGUUCCUGGGGAUGGGCAGCAUCGCAUCAACAGCCGCCAUCAGCAACGUGGUCACUGUUGAGCUGACAUUUGCCGAGUCUCUGAAGUGCUUUGAGCCACAUUUAAAGUUUUGGUCUGCGAAGAUUUUGCUGACCCUUGGGUUUAUGCAAUCACUACUACUGGAGAUUCCUCCGCUGUCUUACCUGUCCACCACGGAGAAGGACCUUUUCUAUGCGUCCAUCCUUUGUGCAGAAUGCUUUGGUGUAAGUCUCCUCCAUUGGCGUGCUUGGAAUCCUUCAGAGCCAUGGCUGGACUUCUUGAAAGAGUCUGUCACGAAGAGUGGAGCGUGA